AUGCCACACGAGGAGCUGCCGUUCUGGCUCGUCAACGUGCCUCGAGACCAGUGGCCGAGCGACUGUCCUGACUUCCUGAGGGAUAUUAGUGACAAAGACAAGGGCAUCAUCGGGACGCCUGACGAGGAGUACAGGGUGUUGAGGUGGGACGAGGUGCGGGCUAUUGUGGAUGGCAACCGGGUGGACAAGUUUCAUCGCUUGCCAAGUGAAUUGAGACGGUACCGGCAGUUUACGCAUCGGCUGGAAAGGGACUAUGGCAGUAUCAUGAACUUCAUUGUGAAUGAGCGGCUGAAGUGGGGAAGCAUGGAGCCGAGGGGCGCGCCGUUCCAAUUUGAUGAGGAUAUCAAGAUUCUGUACAACGACUGGCCGUAUGGUAUCGAUGCCGACAUUGUCCAUCUAGUCGUGUGGACCAAGUUUGAACUCGACGACGACCCCGACACUGGAUUGUCUACGGCCGAAUCACACAAACAGAUUGAUGAGUAUGUGCAAAAGACGUUUGCGCCCAAAGUCAAAGAGCUGGUGUGGUUCAAGAACUGGAAGAGCCUGAAGAGCGUGCAUGCAGUCGAGCACUUUCACGUCAUGCUGUACAGGCCGGAUGCAGCAUUUUUGAAGGAGAUUACCAACGGCGAUGUUCCGAUGACUGAGAAGUUUGAGUGA